GUCCAUUCUCACUUCGAUCUGGUCGGAUGGCACGGCGCCCGAGCGCGUCCAUAGCCGAUGGAGAGGUCGAGGAGAUACCUUUACUAGCCAACAAAUCUACAACAUCGUUCGCUCUUAAAGUAGGAGAAGCACACACGUCUAUCACACUCGUAGAAGAUGAGCGCUCUGAUUAUCUUCACGGUGCCCGAGAUGGCUGGGAACCGUAUCCUACCGAGGAGGAGCGCUCAGGUCCUCAUCGACUCCGGCGUGUGGGUAGAAAGAUAUCAUGGCCAGCAUACCUCAUCGCCUUCGUAGAGCUGUGCGAGCGGUUCUCGUACACUGGUACGGCGGCGGUAUUCACCAACUUCCUCCAGCGUCCCCUCCCGCCCGGCUCCACAAGCGGAGCGAACCCUGCGGGUACUCCAGGUGCAUUGGGAUUAGGAACGAACGUCGCUGCCGCUAUUACACAGUUCAACACCCUCUGGGUAUAUGUCCUCCCCCUCGUUGGGGCAUAUAUCGCCGAUACCCGCCUGGGCCGGUUCAAGACGGUUUGUUGGUGUGUUGCUAUAGCCCUUUUCGGCCACGCCCUGAUGAUACUUCCCUCCCUCCCGUCGAUAAUACCACACCGGAGCCUUGCGCUUCCCAUCUUCAUAUGCUCUCUUCUAAUCAUGGGUCUCGGAACGGGAGGGUUCAAGAGUAACAUCUCUCCUCUCGUAGCGGAACAGCAGCGCGGCCCACAAAGGCUUACUGUGGAGAGGGACGAGGAAGGAGAGAGGGUAAUCCUAGACCCCAGCAUAACAACAGCGAGAAUUUAUAUGUAUUUCUAUUUGAUGAUCAACGUCGGUGCGGCAUUGGGGCAGCUCUGCAUGACCUUUGCGGAGAAAUACGUCGGAUUCUGGGCCGCGUUCUCUCUUCCGACCAUAAUGUUUUGCCUAUGUCCCAUCGUCCUCUGGUGGGGAUCAAGCUUCUACACCAAGUCCCCACCGCAAGGCUCCAACCUCCUCCACACUUUGCGCGUUCUAGCCUUGGCAUUCCGCCCUCUCUUGACCCUCUCCCCCACCCGUUUCUUGCGCGCGUGGACCGAUCCCGAUUUCUGGGAACGGGCCAAGCCCUCGUACGUUGCCCACUUUGGAAGGACUGGGCGGGUUGCCUGGGAUGAAGCGUUUGUGGAGGAAGUCAGGAAGGUUGCGAGCGCUUGCGCUGUCUUCGUCUGGUACCCGUUCUAUUGGAUAUCGUUCAACGAAAUGUACAACAAUAUGACGAGUCAAGCAGCGACUCUUACCACUCAUGGCAUCCCGAACGACGUCAUAAACAACAUCAACCCCAUAGCGCUUCUAUUCCUCAUUCCGAUCUUCGACAAAUACCUGUAUCCGUUCCUCCGCCGGAGGGGAUACAACUUUUCCCCCCUUAAACGGAUGUUUGCCGGUUUUAUCUCAGUGGGAAGCGCAAUGAUUUGGGCUGGGAUACUGCAGUGCUACAUUUAUACCGCAUCCCCCUGCGGCUACCGAGCAAAUGACCCCAACUGCGAACCAGCCGGGAUCUCAGUCUGGUGGCAAACCGGAGCGUAUGUGCUCAUAGCGGUAUCAGAGAUCUUCGCUUCCAUCACCGGGCUCGAAUACGCCUUCACAAAAGCGCCAAAGAGCAUGAAAUCGCUCAUCAUGGCGCUCUUUCUCUCCACGUCCGCGUUCGCCUCCCUCCUGGGCGAAUGUCUGAAUCCUCUCGCGGGGGACCCGUUGCUUAUCUGGAACUAUGCGGUUUGCGCGGGAAUGUCUUUGGGUGCGGGUGCGGGAUUUUGGUGGACAUUUAGGGCGCUAGACGCGCAAGAAGAGAAGGACGAGCUUGGGGGGAGGAAGGAUCUGGAAGACGAGGAUGGUGAGAAUGAUGACCGUGAUGACGCUGGUGGAGUAGAUGUGCACGGAGAGGCCUUGACUUUGCAAAGGGAGGGGGUAUAGAUGGAUCGGUUGGCGUGCAUUGGAUUGGAUGGAUUGAGUUGGAUUGGAUUGGAUUGACGACUGGUGCCUAGAUGUAUUUAUAUCUUGUAUAACGCACUUAUUUAGAAG